GUGUCAAGCAAGCUCCAUGGACGCCGAAUUAAACUCACCGCCGCAGGAUGGUGGCGAUACCUCGGCCGGUUUCCGAAAGCCCUCCAACGACGGGUCCAGCAGAAAGUAUCGUCGCCGAGCUUUGGCUGAAGAUGGGUCAUCUUCAUCUGAUGGAAGUCCUGAACGUAACCGGAGCCCUAAUCCAAAGCAUUCCAAGGGAGAUAUCAAGAAACUUUCUGAACCAGGUUACGCGAAGAAAGACGAUAGGCGGGAAUCUGAUCGCAGUCGAUAUGGUAGAGGCGGCGUUGAUUCACAUAGACACGAUAAGCACUCGAGAGAUGAUAACUACAGUUCUAAGCGCGACGAGGAGAACAGACAUGAGAGAGAUGCACCUCGAUCUAGCCGCGAUUCAAGGGGUGGCCAUCGUGAACAUAGGAGGUCGAGAAAUGAUUCAGAGAGACAUCCCCGUGAUAAGUAUAGCAACUAUGGACAUAGAAUCAGUAGUAGCGAGAAAGGUGAGGAUUUGUCAUCUGAUAGAGCGGUAUCUGGUAGGAGACACGCAGACUCCAGAGUGGAGGAUAAAGAGAUGGAUUAUGUGAAGAGAGGUUCACGAUGGAGUUUUGGUGAACGUCAACCCCGUGACGAAAAGGAACUCGUGGACCGUGAGAUUAACAAGGAGAAGGAUGUUCAUGUCAAAUCCCCAAGAGACCGUUCUGAUGGAACCUCUGAGAGUAGAGAUACUCAUUCUAAGAAACUGAAAGGGUUCGUUUCAGAGAAGUUUACUCAUGGCAAUACUAAUGAAGAGAAGCAGACGUCGAGGUUAAAGCCAGCCCUCAGUGCUGGGAAUCAGGGUUUGUCACUGCAACCUCAUUCAAAAGAAGCUGAAGCUUCUGGUGAUGUCGAUGCUGCAAAAGUUGCAGCUAUGCAGGCUGCUGAAUUAGUGAAUAAAAACCUUGCUGGAACGGGCUACCUGACCACAGACCAAAAGAAGAAGUUAUUGUGGGGAAAGAAGAAAGUCGCGGCUGCAGAAGAGCCUGCUCAUCGUUGGGAUAGUGCACUAAUUGGUGACCGGGAACGCCAAGAAAAGUUCAACAAACUCAUGGGUGUGAAAGGGAGUAUAGUAAACCAAGAGCAGAACCCGAACGAAGUCCAAGUCGAGAAGCAGAAAGAGUUGCAGAUGGAUCUAGAGAAGCAGUACACAGCAGGGUUAAGGAGGAGGGACGGACGCACGAACUCUUGUGGCAUCUCCUUUUUGUACUCUUCUACUACUCGCGUCAAAGCUCUUAAUAACGAUCAGUUCCAUGUGUGUAAGAAUUACGUU